AUGCCGAUGGUCAAUGGGACGGCGAAGGAAGUUCGCGUGAGUCUUCUCGGCAAAGAAAGCAUCAUCAUAAAUUUCGGACUAUGGCGCAAUUAUGUGGCCUCCGAUCUCCUUGCAAACCUUGAAUCAUCAACCUAUGUUCUCAUCACCGACACUAACCUUGGCUCUCUGUACAUUGACCCUUUCCAAAAUGCUUUUCGGACAGCAGCUCAACAGCAGGGAAGCUCGUCAAGGCUCCUGGUCCACCAAAUCCCCCCUGGAGAAAGCUCAAAGUCUCGGCAAACCAAGGACGAUAUUGAGGAUUGGCUGUUGACUCAGAGCCCACCAUGUGGCCGCGACACGGUCAUCAUAGCUCUUGGGGGCGGUGUUGUAGGUGACCUGACUGGAUUCGUGGCUGCAACCUAUAUGCGCGGUGUACGUUUCGUUCAGGUGCCGACAACAUUGCUUGCCAUGGUGGAUUCAUCCAUUGGAGGAAAGACAGCCAUUGACACACCUCUCGGCAAAAACCUCGUCGGCGCUAUCUGGCAGCCUCAGCGAAUUUACAUCGACUUGGAUUUCCUUGGCACGUUACCACGAAGGGAGCUCAUCAAUGGCAUGGCCGAGGUCAUAAAGACUGCAGCAAUUUCCGAAGAACAGGAAUUCAUUGCGCUAGAGCACAACGCCGAUCGGAUCAUGGCCGCAGUCAAUGACGACGUCAAGAAAGGGGCAGCUAGGUUCAAGGACAUUGAAUCGAUCUUGAUUCGAAUCAUAUCCGCCUCCGCAAAAUUCAAGGCACACGUGGUCACUAUUGAUGAAAGAGAGGCAGGACUGCGCAACCUGUUGAAUUUCGGGCAUUCAAUUGGUCAUGCAAUGGAAGCUUUCCUGACGCCACAAGUGCUGCACGGCGAGUGCGUUGCCAUCGGUAUGGUGAAAGAAGCUGAACUUGCACGACAUCUCGGUGUUCUCAGCGGUGUCGCUGUCGGACGUUUGCAGAAGUGCAUUACUGCGUACGGUUUGCCGACGAGACUAGAUGAUGAAAGGGUGCGCAAGCUUUCAGGCGGCAAGGUGUGUACUGUUGAUGGCAUGCUCAAGAAGAUGGGUGUGGACAAAAAGAACGACGGGGCAAAGAAAAAGGUUGUUCUUCUCUCAGCCAUUGGACGCACCCAUGAGCAAAAAGCAAGUGUUGUUGCUGACUCCGAUCUCCGUGUGGUUCUUUCACCGAGCAUUGAGGUCCUGCCCGGCGUUCCCAGAGAUCUGAAGGUCGUUUGCGCACCACCAGGAUCCAAAAGCAUUUCCAAUAGAGCUCUUGUCCUAGCCGCCCUUGGCAAGGGCGUCUGCCGCGUUCAAAACUUGCUCACGUCCGCCGACACAGAAGUCAUGCUGGAAGCCCUGACCCGUCUAGGAGCUGCCACUUUCUCUUGGGAGGACGAUGGCGAAGUCCUGGUGGUCAACGGAAACGGGGGCCAACUUCAGGCCAGCCAGCAAGACUUGUACCUGGGAAAUGCCGGAACCGCUGCACGAUUUUUGACUACGGUCGCAACAUUGACCCAAGAGAGCAACGUGAAAUCUACAGUCCUCACGGGAAAUGCACGCAUGAAGCAAAGACCCAUUGGCGAUCUCGUCGAUGCGUUGAAAGUCAAUGGUGCCGGGGUCGAGUAUUUAGAAAGCCAGGGAAGUCUCCCGUUGAAGAUUGCAGCUUCCGGUGGUUUCAACGGAGGUGAAAUCAGACUAGCAGCCAAAGUCUCGUCUCAAUAUGUUUCGUCGCUACUCAUGUGCGCACCCUACGCCAAGGAAGCAGUCACUCUCAGACUCGUUGGCGGAAAGCCUGUCUCGCAACCGUACAUCGACAUGACUAUUGCGAUGAUGGCUUCGUUCGGCAUUCAAGUCGAGAAGUCCAAGAGUGAAGAACAUACGUACCACAUCCCACGUGGCGCAUAUCGCAAUCCUUCAGAGUACAUGGUGGAGAGCGAUGCCAGCUCAGCAACUUAUCCACUCGCUAUUGCUGCGAUCACUGGAACGACCUGUACGAUUCCAAACAUCGGCUCGGCGUCCCUACAAGGCGAUUCACAAUUCGCCGUUGACAUUCUUCGGCCAAUGGGCUGUGAAGUCAAGCAGACAGCGACGUCAACCACAGUGACCGGUCCGCGAGAUGGAGUCUUGAAGCCUCUCUCCAAUGUGGACAUGGAACCAAUGACUGAUGCAUUCUUGACAGCCUCCGUCUUAGCGGCAGUCGCUCAAGGAAGUGGUUCAAGCACGACUCGUAUAUAUGGUAUUGCUAACCAGCGAGUCAAAGAAUGUAAUCGUAUACAAGCCAUGGAAGAUGAAUUAGCCAAGUUUGGAGUGACUUGCCGCCAGUUCGAUGACGGUAUCGAAGUCGACGGUAUUGACAGAUCUCGGCUGAGACAACCUAAAGGUGGCGUACACUGCUACGAUGAUCACAGAGUCGCGAUGAGCUUCAGUGUACUAGCUCUAGCAGCACCUCAACCCAGCCUCAUCCUCGAAAAGGAAUGCACAGGAAAGACAUGGCCGGGAUGGUGGGAUACGAUGGCGCGCCAGUUCAACGUCAGAUUGCAAGGUGUAGAGCUGGAUGAUGCUGUUGUGCAGUCACCGAAGAAGCGACUCGACCGUGGUAAGGCAUCAAUGUUCAUUAUCGGAAUGAGAGGCGCAGGGAAAACCACCUGUGGACGCUGGGCUGCCAAGUCACUCGGAAAGAGGCUAAUCGACCUGGAUACCGAACUUGAAAUCCGGGAGGGCAUGGGUGUCGCCGACAUUGUCAGAAAGCAUGGCUGGGGAUACUUUCGCGAACGUGAAUUGGUACUUCUCAAAAGCGUUGUGAAAGAUUGGCCAAACGACUACAUUAUUGCCUGUGGCGGUGGCAUCGUCGAAACCCCUGAGGCACGGCAGAUCCUGGUCGAUUGGCAUCAAACAAAAGGCCAUGUGCUCCUCGUCGAGCGUGACAUUAAUCAGGUGAUGGACUUUCUACAAAUUGACAAGACGCGCCCUGCAUACGUUGAAGACAUGAUGGGCGUCUGGCUCCGGCGCAAGCCAUGGUUCGAAGAAUGCAGCAACUUGGUGUUCUACAGCCAAAAUGUCCCCGACGAGAAAAUGUCCGAAGCAGCAGCCGACUUCGACCGCUUCCUGCACAUGGUAACCGGUCAACUCGACACAUUGUCCAUGCUGAAACAGAAACCUGAAUCAUUCUUCGUAGCGCUUACAUUCCCAGAUCUCCGCCCACACCUGAAUAUCCUUCCAGAAGUAUGUCUCGGUUCCGACGCGGUCGAAUUACGUGUCGACCUACUCAAGGACCCGAAAUCCUCUUCCCGAACCCCUUCACUAGAGUACGUCACGGCGCAACUCUCUCUCCUCCGAGCGACAGUCCCUCUGCCAGUAGUCUUUACGGUCCGCACGUCCGCGCAAGGUGGCCAGUUCCCUGACGACGCCCAUGCCGAGUACGCCGAACUGUGCAAGCUAGCAAUCAGAAUGGGCGCCGAGUUUGUCGACCUCGAAGUCGCCACUCUGCCCGAAGGCAUUCUCAACUCGAUCGUCGCGCGCAAGAACAGCAGUUCGUCGCGCAUUAUCGCGUCUCAUCACGAUCCCCGCGGUCUGUUGCCCUUCAGCAACCCGGCAUCCUGGAUUCCGGUGUACAACCGCUGCCUUCAGUAUGGCGACGUAGUCAAGCUGAUUGGCGUGGCGUCAAGUCUGGACGACAACUUCUCUCUGCGCAAAUUCAAACAGUGGUCGGCGAGUCAGCACCCGGAACUUCCUCUGAUUGCCAUCAACAUGGGCCGUGCCGGUCAAGCAUCACGGAUCCUCAACGGAUUCAUGACGCCCGUAAGCCACCCGGCUCUCCCGUUCAAGGCGGCACCCGGCCAGCUCAGCGCCACAGAGAUUCGUCAGGGCUUGAGCCUGAUUGGCGAGAUCACACCGAAGCAGUUCUAUCUGUUUGGCAGCCCCAUUAGCGCGAGCAAAUCCCCUGCUCUGCACAAUACCCUGUUCAAAGAGACAGGACUGCCGCAUCGCUACGAAGCCUUCGAGACGACCAAUGCGGACGAGGUGAAGAGCAGGAUCCGCGCGGACGGCUUUGGCGGCGCCAGCGUGACCAUCCCGUUGAAACUGGAUGUUAUGCCAUUACUCGACGAGGUGGACGAGAGCGCGCGGCUCAUUGGAGCAGUCAACACCAUCGUCCCUGUCCCUGUCCCGGCCUCGGCACAAGGCAAUAAGUCAAGCGUGAAACUCGUCGGGCGCAACACCGAUUUUCUGGGCAUGAUGGACUGUCUGCGAGCCGCGGGGGCGAGCACUGCGCUCGGCGACGCGCAGCAGUCCGGCUUGGUGGUUGGUGGAGGCGGCACCGCCCGCGCGGCAAUCCAGACGUUGCACACCAUGGGUUACAAGCCGAUUUACGUUGUUGGUCGAGACGCGCGAAAGAUCGAGGACCUGGUCAGAGAUUUCCCAACGCAGUACGACCUUGUCGUUGUCGACUCUGGCGCUGGAAAGGUGCGCACGCCGCCCUCGGUGGCUAUCGCCACUAUCCCAGCCAAUAUCCCCAUCGACGACACGCUCGCCGGCGUGUUGAAGAAGAUCUUCGGCAUGCCUGUCCCCGAGUCCGUGACGCCGAAAGGUCAAGGGUCCCGCGCGCCCGGUAGGAUCUUGCUCGAACUCGCGUACAAGCCCGCGCACACGGCGGUGAUGAAGAUGGCCGAGAGCGCCGCGUGGAAGACGAUCCAGGGUCUCGAGACCCUCGUCACCCAGGGCGAGUGGCAGUAUGAGUACUGGACGGGGAUCAGGGUGAGAGGACUCGGUAGCAGGAUCACUAGGGUGAGUUUAUGA